AUGGAAGAAGUAGAAAGUAAGAGAAUGCAAGUAAAGGUCUUGUACUCCUUCAAUGACAACAGCACUGUUUUCUUAUCCAGAUCUCUGGGUAUGACUUCUGUUAGAGUGGCGUCAAUUCCUGGUUUAAAUGAAGAUAUCAUGUUAGGGGGUUAUGACUUGAAAAGCUGUAUUCAACAAAUCUUACAAAGUUCUCCAGAGAAUUUCCAGUUGACAACACAUGACUACGCUGUAUACUACAAAGAUCUUACUGAACAACCCGAUGAACCAUUUGUUUCAAAUGGUGUAUUGUCCGAUUUAUUGAAAUCGACUGAUGGUAAUCUCAUACCAGGAAGAGUUUGUCAAAAUGUUUCAGCAAGCUUUUUAUUCGGUAACAAAAAACAAAACUCAUUAACCCUUGAAAUAAGAUUGAAGUUCCAUACGAUUGAAAAGUAUGUUACCGGUGAGUCAGCCAAUUCGGCUUCAGCAAGUAGCAGUACUAUAGUGAAACCUGACAGUAAUAGAAACUAUAACAAUAAUACGAAUAGCAAUAACUUCAAAAGACUGAACGAAUAUGAAGAUCAACAGCCCAAAAAAUAUCACAAAUCACCAUCAGUACAGCCAGCCAAAGCAACGAGGACCAAAUCUUUACCAGUAUAUAACCAACCAUUCAAUAACAUGUACAACAUACGGAAUGCUGAUAAAAUGAACACAUCAUCUAGGUAUGAUCCUCAAAGUAUUCAAAAUAGAUUCAAACUGGCCCCAUUCUUGGACGCCAGAGUUAUUGAUAAACCCAAAGUGUUGAGAAGGAGAAGGAACGAACCAACCAGAGCUGUGAGGACGAGAUCAAUGAUCAACACCAGAGUAAUCUCUUCUCCAAUCCAUGAAGAAGAUUGUGACGACAGUGACGAUACUGAAUAUAAUGAUAAUAAUGCGAAGACCGUUGAAGGUGAUGAUGAUGAUGACGAAGAUGAGGAUGAAAAUGAUACAGGUAUUGAAACUUCACCUUACACUCCCCAACAACCUCCGUAUAAACCAAAUAUUGACCAUCAUUUCGAAUCUUUACCUGACUUGGAAGACUUAGACAGUAAGAGGACCCAUAUGAUACAUUCUAAUAAAAUUCCAGAGAACCAUGGAUUGGUUUGUGUGAAUCAGAAUUGUUUGACAAAGUCAUCAAUCACCUGGCGAUAUUUCGAACUUGACUUUCAACCUCACUUUUUAGACAUACAUAAAUCUGAAGAGUUUGAUAAGAAUAAUUAUGAAGGAAUGUAUGGGCCAAUGUGUAACGCUUGUUAUUUGUUUUUGAGGACGAAGGGUUUUAUGAGACCUUCUAUGGUUGUGAAAAAAUAUUUACAACAACAAAGUUAUAAGAAAAGUAAAGCUAAAGAAGAUCCUAAAUUAUUCCAAGCACCUUUGCCUCCAAAUUCUAGUAUCCACAAUGACAAUAGUAGCGUUCAAAAGAAAUUGAAUCAGAUUGCAUCUUCGCCUAUGAUAGGACAUAAGUUUGUUACUCCAUCGCAUACUCCUUCAGCUAUAAAUCAAGUGAUUCAAAAUUCGAAAAUCGGAAAUCAAGAGUUGAACGACUUCAUGAAUCAGUUGAACAAUUUCGGGGGCCCGUUGACGGACAUAGAUUUACCUGAGGGUGUUACCCCUCCUAUGAUGGCAACCAAGUCGAACACCAGAUUGAUUAAUUUGGAUGAAGAUAAUAAUAAGGAGAACUGCCCUCCACCAGAUAUCACCCAAUUCAACUCUUCUAGUUCACCUGCCAUAAAUGGAACAGAAGAUUUUGAAAAAUUGAUAAUCAAGUCAUUCAGUAAAUCAAGUCCUUUGGAAAACGGCUGGAUGAGUUUAUUCAACCAACCAAACAACUCAAAUAGUAGUUUGAAUUCGAACAAUUCGAAUAUCGACUAUGAAGUCAACAAUGCAGAAGGGCCAACUCCCAAAGAUCACGUUACACCACUCGGCAAAGUCGAAGAGAAAAAGGUCCAUCCCUCCUUACCUCAAAUGAAAACUUUCUCCACUAGGAGAUCUCCUAGGCUCAACAAGAUCAAAAACAUUUCAUCGUCACCCCCAUUGCAAAGUGCUCUUGAUUUGUUAGAAAAAGAGAUUGAUGAUUUGGGCAAUUCUUCUCCACAGCCAAUGGCUACUCGCAAUGAUACAGGGCACCUGGUUCUAUCACUAUACAAAAACGAUGUUUCUUCACCCAGUGAAAUUUACGAAUCUAAAAAUAAAACAUAG